AUGGCGGCAACAGUAUUAGCAAUAGCUGCAGCAGCAGCAGUUAGAGUAGCAGUAGUAACAGUAGCGGCAACAUUAGUAGCAAUAGCUGCAAAAGUAGUAGUAAGAGCAGCAGUUGUAGCAGUAGCGGCAACGGUAGUAGCAAUAGCUGCUGCAGCAGUAGCAGUAGUAAAAGCAGCAGUAGCAGCAGUAGUGGCAACAGUAGAAGCAAUAGCUGUAGCAGAAGGAAGUAGCAGUAGCAGCAGCAGUAGUUGCGAUAGCUUUAGCAGCAGAAGUAAGAGCAACAGUAGUAGCAGUAGUGGCAACAUUAGUAGCAAUAGCUCCAGCAGCAGUAGUAAGAGUAGCAGUAGUAGCAGUAGCGGCAAUAGUAGUAGCAGUAACUGCAGCAGCAAUAGUAACAGCAGCAGUUAUAGCACUGGAAGUAGUAGUAGUAAUAGGAUUAGUAGUAGCAGUAGAAGUAGUAUCAGAAGUAGUAGCAGAAGCAGCAGUAGUAGUAGAAGUAGCAGCCGUAGUAACACUACUACUAAUAGCUGUAGGAUCCUACUAGUAGUGUCAGAAACAGUAGCAGCAGUAUCAUACGUAGUAGUAGUAAAUGCAGCAGCAGUAGAAGUAGCAGCAGUAGCAGUAGAAGCAGAAAUAGUAGUAGCAGCAGUAGUAACACUAGUAGUAGUAGCGGUAGGAGCAGUAGUAGCAGCAGUUGCAGUAGAAGAAGUAGUAGCAGCGGUAGUAACAGUACCUAAGUAACAGUAGCUGCAACAGCAUAAGUAGUAGAAGUAGUAGUAGUAGUAGUAGCAGUAGUAGCAAAAGUAGUAGUAGCAGCAGUAGUGACACCAGUAGUAGUAGUGGUAAGAGCAGAAGCAGCAGCAGUAGCAGUAGAAAAAAAUAG